CCUUUGACGCGCCCCUCGCCCCCCCCCCGGAAGGACCCCGACGUAAGACCCCCACCAGAGUCGCAGCCAGCCAUGGACUGCCUGUGUGGAAAGAGAAAGACUCCGGAGCAGAUGGUGCGGCGGAACCAGCGAGCCCUCGCGCGCGCCAUGAGGGACCUGGAGCGCGAGAGACAGACGCUGCAGACGCAGGAGAAGAAGAUCGUCGCUGAGAUCAAGAAGAUGGCCAAAGCCGGCCACAUGGACGCCGUCAAGAUCAUGGCCAAGGACCUGGUGCGCACACGUCGUCACAUCAAGAAGUUCAUGGUGAUGCGAGCCAACAUCCAGGCCGUGUCCUUCAAGAUGCACACGCUCAAGUCCAACGGCGCGAUGGCCCAGGCCAUGAAGGGCGUCACCAGGGCCAUGGCCGCCAUGAACCAGCAGCUCACGCUGCCGCAGGUCCACAAGAUCAUGGUGGAGUUUGAGGAGCAGUCAGAGAUCACGGACGUGAAGGAGGAGGUGAUGAACGACGCCAUCGACGACGCCGUGGGCGAUGAGGGCGACGAGGAGGAGGAGAGUGAUGCCAUCGUGAGCCAGGUGCUGGACGAGCUGGGACUCGGCCUCGCGGACAAACUCUCGACUCUGCCGGCCACAGGCGGCUCGUUCAGCGUGUCCGCAGGCAAGAUGGCCGCCGCCGACCUCGACGUGCGACUCAACGACCUGCAGUCUUACACACAAGCGUGAACAUCGCGUACACCUAGGUUUAUAAAGGCGCGCAAUUUUCGCUCGCCCCCCUCUCCAAGGGCGACAGGGAGGGGGAAAAAAGCCGCAG